GCAGUCAGAGAGUUUACUGUAACAACAGCACCAUGUCGCUUCGCUGGCGGCUCCUGCUCGCUCUCCUCCUGCACACGCCGCUGUCGGGCGGCUUCAGGCUGCACCUCACACGGGGCUCUGGGGAGUCGCCGCUCGCCAACCUGUCCCUGGGAGCGGCCGGCUGGGUCUACCGGGUGGACCGGCUGGCGACGCCGGGGCCGCUGUGGAGAGGCGUGGAGCUGGGCUCCCGCUCCGGGGAGCUGAGGCAGAGCGGGCCGCUGGACUGCGAGCUGCUGCCCACCAACCCGGCGCCCCUGUGGCUGCACCUGGCCGCUGCCAGGCCGUGGGGGUACAUGGUGGUGAGGACCCGCCUCGCCGUCUAUGUACACGGACAGGACUGCUACAUCAAGUACAAGAGGAAAGGGUCACAGCCGCCGCUGCACCUUACACGGGGCUCCGGGGAGCCCGACCUUGCCAUCGACGUGGUCCUCCUGUCCGGGGCACACGGAUACGGCUGCCUGGCGGUGGGGCAGCUGCCCGAUGUGAGGGAGCUGGUACCCGCUCUCAUGCAGCCAGACACUCUGCUCUGCACCGGGCUCAGCGCCUCACGGCUCCGGCCGCCCGGCUCCGGCGGGACGCUGCUAUCGGGGGCUGUGUGCGUGGGCCCGGACACCCGGCCCGCUGUCGCCCACCUGUUGUGCACUCGGCUGCCGGCAGCCCGCAGGCUGGGCGCCCUCCUCGUCCGCGUCAGGGUGAGCGGCCGGCGGCAGGAGCGGCCUCUCCGGCUGAAGCGAAGCGCCAACCGCAGCCCGCAGUUCCAGCUGCCCAGCUACCAGGUGUCGGUGCCCGAGAAUGAGCCCGCCGCCACGCUGGUCAUCGUGCUGAGCGCCAACGACCUGGACCCGGGGGAAGCUGGCCGGUUGGAGUACACCAUGGAAGCGCUGUUUGACAGCAGGUCUAGCGACUACUUCCAGAUGGACCCCGACACGGGAGCCGUCAGCACCACACAGGCGCUCGACCGGGAGACCAAGGACACGCACGUAUUUAAAGUUACUGCUUAUGACAAUGGAACUCCGCGCCGAAUGACUGCUGCCACCCUAACUGUGACCGUCAGUGAUAGAAAUGACCAUGUGCCACUCUUUGAACUAUCUGAGUACAGGGAGGUUAUUCGGGAGAAUGUGGAGGUCGGCUAUGAAGUGCUGACUAUCCGAGCGACUGAUAGCGAUGCACCUUCCAAUGCAAACAUGUUGUAUCGCAUCGUCAACAGUCACGAAAAUAAUUCUGUGUUUGAGAUUGACAUCAGAUCUGGGAUUGUAAGAACCAGGGGGGUCAUAGAUCGUGAGCGGGUGGCUGAAUAUCAGUUAAUAGUGGAGGCAAACGAUCAAGGGAGAGACCCGGGCCCUCUGAGUGCUACAGCAACCGUUUACAUUAUCGUGGAGGAUGAGAACGACAAUUCUCCACAAUUCAGUGAGAAGCGGUACUUUGUCCAAGUGCGUGAAGAUGUACCAGUGAACACCAAAAUCCUGCAGGUCAAAGCUUCUGAUCGCGAUAAAGGUAGCAAUGCUGUAAUUUAUUAUAGCAUCGUGAGUGGAAAUAUAAGAGGACAGUUCUAUAUAGAUUCUCUAAAUGGAAAUAUUGAUAUCAUCAACCCAUUAGAUUAUGAGACCACAAGAGAAUAUACCCUACGUGUUAAAGCACAGGAUGGUGGAAGACCACCUUUGAUCAAUAGCACGGGCUUGGUCAUGAUACAGGUCAUUGAUGUGAAUGACAAUGCUCCAAUAUUUGUAAGCACACCGUUUCAGGCGACAGUGUUGGAGAAUAUGGCUAUUGGGUAUUCAGUGAUUCAUAUUCAGGCUAUUGAUGCCGACUCCGGGGACAAUGCUCGUUUGGAAUACCGACUGGUAGAUACACCCCCAGAUUUCCCACUUGUUAUAAGCAACAAUACAGGCUGGAUUACAAUUGCAAUGGAACUGGAUAGAGAGACGACUGAAUUUUAUGCUUUUGGUGUCGAAGCCAGAGAUAAUGGGAUCCCUUCCAUGACUUUCUCAGCUGGUAUCAGCAUCACUGUGCUGGAUGUAAACGACAAUAAUCCUACCUUCACCGAGCGAGUUUAUAACCUCCGGUUGAACGAAGAUGCACCUGUGGGCAGCAGUGUGUUAACUGUCACUGCAAUUGACAGGGAUGCUAACAGCGUGGUCACCUAUCAGAUAUCUAGCGGUAACACAAGGAAUCGGUUUUCAAUAACCAGCCAGAGUGGUGGUGGGCUGAUCACUUUGGCCUUGCCCCUGGAUUACAAGCAGGAAAGGCAGUAUGUUCUUACAGUCACUGCGUCUGAUGGGACUCGGAUUGACACAGUUCAAGUCUACAUUAAUGUCACCGAUGCCAAUACACACAGACCAGUGUUCCAGAGUUCACACUAUACUGUAAGCAUCAACGAAGACAAACCGAUUGGCACAGCAGUGGUGAUAAUCAGUGCGUCUGAUGAAGAUACGGGAGAAAAUGCUCGGAUAACCUACAUCAUGGAGGACAACAUUCCUCAGUUCAAAAUUGACUCCGACACGGGAACUGUUACCACACAAAUGGAGCUGGAUUAUGAAGAUCUGGCAUCUUACACAUUGGCAAUAACAGCCAGAGACAAUGGGAUCCCACAGAAGUCUGAUACAACAUACGUUGAAAUCCUGAUCAAUGACGCCAAUGAUAACAAGCCACAGUUUGUGCGUGAUUUGUACAAGGGCACCGUGUACGAGGAUGUUCCUUUGUCUACCAGUGUAUUGCAGAUUUCGGCCAUAGACAGGGAUUCUGGUCUCAAUGGGCGAGUGUUUUACACCUUCCAUGGUGGUGAUGACGGAGAUGGCGAUUUCUACAUCGAACCUUCAUCGGGAAUUAUUCGAUCUGGGCGGAAAUUGGAUAGGGAGAAUGUACCACUUUACAACCUGAGGGUCUUUGCAGUUGACAAGGGUAACCCUCCACUUAAAGCAGUUGUAAAUGUCCAGAUUACUGUGCUCGAUGUCAAUGACAAUGCCCCUGCCUUCGAGAAGGAUGAGUUUGAUAUUUACAUAGAUGAAAACAGUCCUGUUGGCUCAUCAGUGGCCAGGAUAACAGCAACAGACCCUGACGAGGGAACAAAUGCACAAAUAAUGUACCAGAUUGUGGAAGGAAACAUCCCUGAGGUCUUCCAGUUGGAUAUGUUUACUGGGGAUCUUAUUGCUCUCACAGAUUUGGAUUAUGAAACUAAAAUUGAAUAUGUUAUUGUGGUCCAGGCAACCUCAGCACCUCUGGUUAAUCGAGCCACAAUUCACAUUCGGCUGGUGGAUAAAAACGAUAAUGCUCCAGUGCUUCGCAAUUUUGAGAUCAUUUUUAACAACUAUGUUACUAAUAAGUCAAACAGCUUUCCUUCGGGCGUGAUCGGGAAGAUUCCAGCUUAUGACCCCGACGUAUCAGAUAGUCUUUUUUACACAUUUGUGGAGGGCAAUGAGCUUAAUCUUUUGAUUUUGGACCAAAAUACUGGACACUUAAAGCUGAGUCAGAACUUGGACAAUAACAGGCCUCUGGAAGCCAACUUGAAGAUCUCUGUCACAGAUGGUCUUCACGUUAUUUCUGCACUCUGUACCCUGAGAGUAACCAUCAUUACUGAAGACAUGCUGACAAACAGCAUCACUGUACGCUUGGAGAACAUGUCCCAGGACAGGUUUCUGUCUCCACUGCUGUCGCUCUUUGUGGAAGGAGUUGCUGCUGUGUUGUCCACCACCAAAGAAGACAUCUUUAUUUUUAAUAUCCAGAAUGACACCGAUGUCAGUGCAAACAUUCUGAACGUGAGUUUCUCCGCACUGCUGCCAGGAGGGAUUCGAAACCAAUAUUUUCCUUCAGAGGAUCUGCAGGAACAGAUUUACCUCAACCGGACACUUCUGACCACCAUCUCCACCCAAAGGGUCCUUCCCUUUGAUGACAAUAUCUGCCUGAGGGAGCCCUGCGAGAACUACAUGAAGUGUGUCUCCGUGUUGAAGUUCGACAGUUCUGCUCCUUUCAUUUCAUCCGACACAGUCUUAUUCCGACCCAUUCAUCCCAUCAACGGGCUGCGGUGCCGAUGCCCUCCAGGAUUUACUGGGGAUUAUUGUGAAACAGAAAUUGAUCUCUGUUAUUCCAACCCCUGUGGUAACCACGGUAUGUGCCGCAGCAGGGAGGGAGGCUACAACUGUGAAUGCCGCCAAGAAUAUACAGGAGAACACUGUGAAGUGAGUACCAGAUCAGGCCGAUGUGCACCCGGUGUCUGCAAGAACGGAGGGACGUGUAUCAACCUGCUUGUUGGUGGCUUCAGGUGUGAAUGCACAUCCAGUGAAUAUGAGAGGCCCUACUGUGAGAUGACAACGCGGAGCUUUCCUCCGCAGUCCUUUGUGACUUUCAAGGGUCUCCGGCAGAGGUUUCAUUUCACCGUCUCCCUCAUGUUUGCAACAAAGGAAGGAAACGCUUUGCUACUUUAUAAUGGACGUUUUAAUGAGAAACAUGAUUUCAUUGCACUGGAGAUCAUUGAGGAACAAAUCCAGCUGACGUUCUCAGCAGGUGAGUCCAGGACGACAGUGGCCCCCUUCGUACAAGGAGGAGUAAGUGAUGGACAUUGGCACUCCGUCCUGGUCCAGUACUACAAUAAGCCAAAUAUUGGCAGAUUAGGUAUUCCUCAUGGACCAUCAGGAGAAAAGGUUGCCGUAGUUACGGUUGAUGAUUGUGACACUGCAGUGUCUGUGCGAUUUGGAAGCCAUAUUGGAAACUAUUCAUGUGCUGCCCAGGGAACACAGACUGGGUCAAAGAAGUCUUUGGAUUUGACUGGUCCUCUGUUGCUUGGGGGUGUCCCAAACCUGCCUGAAGACUUUCCUGUGCGCAACCGUGAAUUUGUGGGAUGCAUGAGGAACUUGACCAUUGAUAACAAGCAGCUCGACAUGGCGAGUUUUAUAGCGAAUAAUGGCACGCUUGCAGGGUGUCCAGCUAAGAAGAAUUUCUGUGACCUAAACAUAUGUCAGAAUGGUGGACAUUGUGUGAACAAGUGGAAUACGUACAGCUGCCACUGCCCCUUGCGAUUUGGUGGCAAGAAUUGUGAGCAAGUGAUGCCCAACCCCCAGCGAUUCAAGGGUAGAAGUAUGAUCUCCUGGGCUGACCUUGAUAUCACUAUAUCUGUGCCCUGGUACAUCGGCCUCAUGUUCCGCACAAGAAAGGCCAACGGGUUCCUUGUUCAAGCAAAUGCCGGGACUUCCUCCAAAAUCAUUAUCCAGAUAACGGAUAAUAAACUGCAGUUUGAAGUGUACAACAAACUCGGACUCAAAGCCAAACUGAGACUGCCUCGGAAACGGGUCAGUGACGGAGACUGGCACCAUUUACUGAUUGAGAUAAAAAGUAUGAAGGAUGUCAAGGACAUCAAAUACAUGGCAGUCAUAUAUUUGGAUUAUGGAAUGUACCAGGGCAGUGUAGAAAUUGGCAAUGAAUUGCCAGGAUUAAAAUUGACAAAUAUCUUUGUUGGCCGCCUCCCUGAAGGAUUGACCACAAGGCAGCAAGCGUUCUAUGGCUGCAUGCAGGGACUGCGAAUGGGUGAUACUUCUACAAAUGUAGCCACUCUAAACAUGGAUCGAGCUGUAAAGGUUCAAGUAGAGAAUGGAUGUGAUAUUCCAGACCAGUGUGAUACCAAUCCCUGUCCUCCAAACAGCUACUGCACUGAUGACUGGGGCAGUUACUCGUGUUUCUGUGAACCAGGAUUCUUUGGGAAGAACUGCAUUGACGUCUGCAAACUGAAUCCAUGUGAACACGUGUCCCACUGUACCCACAAACACGGCUCCUCGCAUGGAUAUGCCUGUAACUGCGGAGAAAACUAUUAUGGUCAAUACUGUGAAAAUAAGAUAGAUCUGCCAUGUCCAAGGGGAAGGUGGGGAAAUCCCAUCUGCGGUCCUUGUAAUUGUGAUACCAACAGGGGCUUUGACAUCGACUGCAACAAGACCACUGGAGAGUGCAGGUGUAAGGACAACUAUUACCAGCCUCGGGAAAGCGACACUUGCUACCCGUGCGAUUGCUUUCCGAGCGGCUCUCAGGCCCGCAACUGUGACGGGGAAACUGGCCUGUGCUCUUGUAAGGCUGGAGUGAUUGGCCAGCAUUGCAACCGCUGUGACAACCCUUUUGCUGAAAUCACUAGUAACGGCUGUGAAGUGAAAUAUGAUGUGUGUCCAAAAGCCUUUGAAUCAGGUAUCUGGUGGCCACGCACAAAAUAUGGAAGACCAGCAGCCAUGCCGUGCCCCAAAGGAUCGAUAGGCACUGCAAUUCGUCACUGCAAUGAAGAGAAAGGCUGGCUUCCCCCUGACCUUUUCAACUGUACCACGCUUACCUUCAUUCAGCUGAAGUCUAUUAUGGAAAAACUUCAUCGCAACGAAACCAGGAUGAAUACAAAUAACUCAAAGAAACUCGCCAGUAUGCUGCUGAAUGCUACCAAACACACAACAAAUUACUAUGGGAAUGAUGUGAAAAUAGCUUAUGAGCUGAUCAAGAGGAUCCUUCAAUAUGAGGGAAACCAACAGGAUUUUGAACUGGCAGCAACUCAAGAUGUUGAGUUUAAUGAGAAUAUUGUCAGAGCUGCGAGUGCCAUUUUGGAUCCUCAGAACAAGGAGCAUUGGGAACAGAUCCAGCGGACAGAAGGAGGCACAGCGCAUCUGAUGAAGCACUACGAGGAAUACGCACAUACCAUAGCGCGAAACCUCAGGAAAACCUAUCUCCGACCCUUCACCAUCGUCACUGCAAAUCUGAUCAUUGCAGUCGACCUUUUUGAGAUACCAAACUUUGGAGGCACCAUCAUGCCACAGUUUGAGAAAAUCCGUGAAGAAAUUCCAGCGGACCUUGAAUCCAGUGUAUUUUUUCCCAAUGCCCUCUUCAAAGUCGGAGAUGACCAAGGACAGGGUUAUCACCCGACACACAAUGGAAGUUGGAGGCCAGAGAAUGUAUUGGCAAAGAGGCAGAAGAGAAGAGCAGAUGGAUCCCAUCAAUAUGCAGUUGGUGUGGUGAUCAUAUAUCGAUCGCUGGGACAGCUCUUGCCUGAACGGUUUGACCCUGAUCGAAGAAGUAUGAGAGUUCCUAACCGGCCAGUCAUAAAUACACCCAUCGUGAGUGCCACAGUUUACAUUGAGGACCAGGAGUUGCCUCAACAACUGCAGAGCCCAGUAACUCUGAAGUAUCGUUUGUUUGUGACAGAAGAAAGAACCAAGCCCCUCUGUGUAUUUUGGAAUCAUACUCUUGCGAUUGGAGGCACAGGAGGGUGGUCUUCAAAAGGAUGUGAACUUGUGCACCGGAAUGAAUCCCACAUCGACUGCCAGUGCAACCACAUGACUAGUUUUGCCGUGCUCAUGGACAUUUCCAAGCGGGAGCAUGGUGAGGUGCUCCCUUUGAAGAUUGUCACAUAUACCACCGUCUCGCUCUCGCUCUUUGCUUUGUUUGUGACUUUCCUGUUCCUCAUCAUGGUCAGAACUCUGCGUUCGAAUCUCCAUAACAUCCACAAAAACCUGGUGGCUGCUCUCUUCUUCUCAGAGCUCGUCUUCCUUAUUGGAAUUAACCAGACAGAAAAUCCUUUUGUAUGCAGUGUGAUAGCCCUGCUGUUGCAUUAUUUCUAUCUCUGCACCUUUGCCUGGACGUUUGUGGAGGGUCUCCAUAUUUACCGUAUGCUGACUGACAUGAGGAAUGUAAACCAUGGCCACAUGCGGUUUUACUACACCAUCGGAUGGGGAAUUCCAGCCAUUAUAACAGGUCUGGCUAUGGGCUUAGAUCCACAAGGUUAUGGGAACCCUGACUUCUGCUGGCUGUCCAUGGAUGACACUCUGAUUUGGAGUUUUGCUGGCCCUAUAUGUGUCAUAGUCAUUAUCAAUAUCAUUAUCUUCAUACUUGCUGCUAAAGCAUCCUGUGGACCCAGGAACAGGACCUUAGAAAAGACUGGAACCAUAUCUGGUCUGAGGACAGCCUUCCUCCUGCUGCUUCUCAUCAGUGCCACUUGGUUGUUGGGACUGAUGGCGGUGAAUAAUGACACCAUGACCUUUCAUUAUCUAUUUGCUAUUUUCAGCUGCUUACAGGGACUCUUCAUUUUCUUCUGCCACUGUAUCUUCAAUAAAGAAGUACGAACAGCUCUGAAGGACACAUUUUCUGGAAAGAAACAGCAAGCAGAUGACACGGUACUGACCAGAACUACAAUUUUAUCACGGUCACUCAACUGUAACAAUACGUACGUGGAUGAGGGUCGAAUGUACCGCACUGCCAUCGGAGAGUCUACAGCCUCCAUGGAGAGCACUGUCAGGUCAGCCAAGAGCCACAAUAGCUGCAUUGCUCAUAAGCUCAGGGAUGAUGCUCAGAGAGUGAGCUUACUGUCAAGUCAAGCAGAGGUUGGGCAAACUGAACCUGAUUCUUCACUAUUCCACAAAAAAACAAAGAAACCUGACGAGCCAGAUUCUGACUCUGACAGUGAACUCUCCCUGGAAGAUGAUCACAGUAGCUCCUACGCUUCAAGUCGUUCAUCGGAUAGUGAAGAAGAUGAAUUUCAAGGAGAUCCCAACCCCAACUGGAAGCAAGCGGCACCCAAGAACAAUGAAAGAAAUCCCAUGCACAGUACACCGAAGGCCGAAUCCUUGCCCAACCACGGAAAGCCGUACUGGCCGGCAGAAUGUACAACCGCCAGUGAUAGUGAGGAUCACGGAGCGCCCGAGAAACUCAAGGUGGAGACGAAAGUAAACGUUGAGUUUCAUCGAGAAAAUAAUCAUUGUGGCGACGUGCCGAGGAGCAGUGAGGGCGAGACACCAGAAAAGGAACUCCUGUGUGGCGCGCAGUCAAACUCCAAUCCACUACCAGAGCAAAGGAAAGGUAUUCUUAAAAAUAAAGUCAUCUACCCGCCACCUUUAAAUGAAAAGAAUCAGAUAAAUCAAAUCCACAAUGAACUCUCCAACUGUAAAGCCACAACCAUUCCCCCACAGACUCCACAACCAUCAGUCCCCCACAGCUCGGCGACAGCGCCCAGUGACGGCACUCGCACGGCCACGGGCACCGGCCAACUGAUAACGCAGCCAAGGCGGCAGCAGGCAAAGAGAGAGUUAAACGGGAUGACGCCAAUCCCCAUGAGCAUUCGAACGGGCACCAGCACUAACCGCCGGGACAACUCGGAUUCUGAAGGAAGUAAUGAAACCUCAAUCUGACCCAUCAGGAGAUCAGAAGAAUGAUUGGACCCGUGAAGGUUCUCACCAUUGGUGUCGCCCGUUCCUGCGUACUUCAGACCCCCCUCCCCCCCAAUGUGCUGCGGAGUGUUGCUGUUCUCCACAUGCAUCAGAAUUUCUGUAAAGUGGAUUCAUGCACAAGAAUCAGAUUGACUGCAAGUGGGAGACAACACUUGCAAAAUGUAGAAAAACAUACAAGUACGAGUCGGAAGGACAGUUACACAUAUGGAAUGCAAAAUGGCAAAAUUGGUGUGUGCCAAAAUAUAGAACGGACAUGUAACCACUCGGGCAGCUGAACCGUGCAACUGGAUAUCCUGAGGAAAUGGACAAACCCCAAGGUGAAGCCUGAAGUGCAUCCACUGCCCUGUGUGCAAGCCCCCUGGGCUUAACUGCAGCCUGCCUGCUUUAUCUUUCUUGAGAAACUGAAGUACAAUACUGUGAGACAGUGCCUCAGCCACAAGCAGUUGGUCUCCAUUGUAGGAUCACAGGUAACUCACCUGGACCUUGGUGGAAGUGUUUGCCACAUCAGUGUCACACUGCAAGUGUUCUCCAGACUGAUCAUUAACCUCUCGGAUGGAAAGGGGUGGUCUUAAAAUGAAUGCCUUUUGUACAACAAAAUUAUAAGAUGUAUAGAUACUUUUAUAUAUUUUGUAUGUCGAUACUUUUGAAGAACUCACUUGUACAUGCUUAAAGGUUUUGAUUUUGUCAUUUUGAUUACAAGUUUUCUGACUUUUAUAAAGAGUAGAAGAUUGCACAAUUAUACUUGAAUUUGGAGUGUUAAUAUUGUAAAAAAAAAACUUUUUUAUUGAAAGCUGUAACAAUUUAUGAGAAAUGAAAUUUGAAUGUGUAAUUAUUAAGACAAAAUUAUUGGAAAAAAUGGGGAAUCAAACCGGGUCCAACCUUGCUCCUGAACUUGUGUGUUUGAGGUUCUUUUUGAAAAACCACUUAAGUUCAAGGAUGCAUCUGGGUCCACGAGGGAAGUGAUGGUGGAUUUGGGUGAGGAGUAAGAGUUCACUGGCAUUGACAGAAGGAUGUUUGCCAACCUAACUCGAUUAUUUUUUUUAAAAUUGAUACCUGUGAAUAUUUUGGCAUUAUUAUUGUUGUAGAUUUUGUUUUAAAUUGUUUUAGACGGAAACUAUCAGAACAAUUCCCAUUUGUAUAUUGCGACUCGCCUGCUGUAGUAAAUUCUUUUACCUUGAUUCAGAUAGUUUCUUCUAACUGUAAUACAGUUUCACUCAUGGCACAGUUCAAAAGAAGCAUUUUUAAAAAACUUUUAUGAUGGAAACUGAACAGAAAUCAAAGAACAGAUGUAUCAUAUUUAUUUACAUGCAAAACACUGGAAACACAGUACAGAGAAACAAAUUGUAAAAUAAAGAGAUUUUGACUUUUUC